AUGGACGAGUAUCCUCCUCCUCCAGAUGAUGCUCUCGAUACACAGACACCUCCACCACCUCCACAACCCCGAACAACUCAUACAGGCUCUCCUACCGACUUUUUGAAGGGCGUCGUUGGAAAGAAAGUUAUUGUUCGUCUCAAUUCUGGAGUCGAUUACAGAGGAGUUCUCUCAUGUCUUGAUGGAUACAUGAACAUUGCUCUUGAAGCAACGGAGGAACAUGUCGAAGGAAAUGUGACCAAUCGUUAUGGUGAUGCAUUCAUACGAGGAAAUAACGUGCUCUAUAUAUCAGCAGCUGAAGAAAUAUGA